AUGGCUCAACAGGUUCUGCAUAUCGAUUCUUCUUCCGGCUUUAUAUCUGCUGCAGCAACUCCCAACGAGGAGCGCGAAGCCUACCUCGACUAUGUUCCCAAGCCGGAGCGCCAUCGUGCAGGUGUUCUAGGUGCUUUACUUCGACUUUACAACCAUGACGGUCCGGCUGGCUCGGGUCACGAUCGCUCUUCCAGUCUACCACAGCCUGCUCACUAUCGUGAUGGCAGCAGUGGCUUCAACACUCCACAGCACUCACCUCCUUCCUCUGGAUACAAUACUCCAAGCAGACCUCUUUCUGGUUACAACACACCUGGUGGCAGACAGUCAAGGAUAUGGCAUUCGAAAAGCUACAGCAACUCGACGUCUUCUCUGGCGUACUUGGUUGGUUCUUCUGUAAGCGGAGGUACUCCGAUCGCUGGCUUGCCCCUCGGAGAACAGGUCACAGAAAAUCUACGCCAACGUCACGAAUCCGAGAAGAAAGCAAAAAAGUCUCGCGGCAACAACGUUCUCAGUCGUAUGGGUCGCUCUCGAUUAGAUGAAGAAAUCAGAAUUACAAAACACAUCAAAGAGAACUUGGCCCGACAGAAGUAUUUGCUGAAGCUUUGUCGAGCUUUGAUGACUUACGGAGCACCCACUCACCGUCUGGAGACGUAUAUGCGUAUGAGCGCCAGAGUACUCGAGGUUGAUGCUCAGUUCCUGUACAUGCCUGGUUGCAUGAUAUGUUCGUUCGACGACCUCUCCACCCACACGACCGAAGUCAAAAUGGUACGCGCCGGUGAAGGUCUGAACCUUGGAAAGCUCAGAGAUUGCCAUGAGGUCUACAAGGAAGUCCUUCACGAUCGCCAAGGAGUCGACGAAGCCACCGAUCGCCUUAAUGAGAUUUUCAACAAAGAGCCACACUUCAAGAACUGGUGCAUAGUGCUUGUUAGUGGCCUCGGCACUGCGUCUGUUGGACCGUUUGCGUUUGAUGCAGGGUAUAAGGACCUAGCUAUCUGCUACGUUCUCGGUUGCAUCGUGGGAUAUCUCCAAGUGGUCUCUUACAAGAACGAAGGUGUUAUGAACAUGUUUGAAGUUCUUGCGACCAUCAUCACAUCAUUCUUGGCUCGAGCUUUUGCUUCGAUAGGCAAUGGCCGCUACUUUUGUUUCUCGGCUCUUGUUCAGUCUUCGAUCUGUUUGAUUCUACCCGGCUGGAUAGUACUUCGCGCCUCGCUGGAACUUCAGUCCAAAAGCAUAGUCUCCGGUAGUGUCAGGAUGGUGUGGGCUAUCGUCUACUCACUUCUCCUUGGAUUCGGAAUCACGAUAGGAACUGUUCUGUACGGUGCUAUUGACAAGAAUGCAGUGUCUACGACUACGUGCGACGCUAAUCGCAAGAUUGGCCAGAACAUGCAGUUGAUCGCUGCACUGAUAUUCUCUUUCUGUCUAUGCGUGUUGAAUCAAGCCAAGUGGAGACAAAUGCCGGUCAUGAUCAUAAUCGCAAUGAUAGGGCGUCUGGUUUCCGUGGGUCUUGGGACAAAAUUCCAAGGCAACGGGCAAAUCAGUGCCACCAUCGCCGCUCUCGCCAUUGGCCUCGCUGCGAACCUGCAUUCGCGAUUCGGAACCAAGAUUGAAAACAAAGCUCUGGAUGUCUGGGAAACUCAUCUACGACCACACGCCAGAGCAUUCCACAAGCGAAUCCGCGGCAAGUCAACAGCCCUGCGUAACCGUCAUACUAAGAAGUCUAUGGAAAGCAUGGAGUCUGGAGAAGCAUAUGACACUGAAAGUAUUUUUGUGCCGCAUAUCAGACGCGUAGGCUAUGGUCUCGCGGCCGCGGCAAUGUUGCCCGCCAUCCUCGUACAGGUGCCUAGUGGACUCGCUGUCAGUGGAAGUCUGCUCUCUGGUGUACAGGCAGCCGACCAGAUUGCGGGAAAGGGAUCGAACGGGAGCACGGUCACUGAUGCCAAAUCUCUGGCAUCCGGCGGCCAAGUGAAUUCGGUUGCUUUUAACGUCGGAUACUCUGUGGUGCAGAUUGCCAUUGGCAUCACGGUAGGAAUAUUCGCAUCGACGUUGAUUGUGUAUCCAUUCGGCAAGAGACGCAGCGGUCUGUUCAGUCUUUGA